GUGUGCGUGUGCGUGUCCCCGUCAUACGAUGGUGUCCCAACUUUAGGCGUUGCUACUGACCGCCAUGAUGAAAUUUCGAUUCCUUGCUCAUAUUCUCAGAGCAUUUCAAAAAUGGCUUUUACGACUUGCUCGCCAUUCUGGGAGUUCAUUAUCUGUUUUCUUGUCUUCACUCCGUCUAUUUGCUCCUUGUCGUUCAAAGCCCGGAGUUAGGAGAUCGACCACCCAACCUCGUCUUUCCCGGGGAGCUCUCCCGCGACCCCUCGAAAUGGACAUCGUAGAAGAUGAUACAUAUACUUGUUGCAGUCUUUUGCCUCCUGGUGAAAUACAGGAAGUUGCAAGAGAGCCUCUAUCUCCUUCAGAUUUACCUUACGGAACAAUUUCUCGACCAUCUCUACCCUCGCGGCAUAUAGUACGAGAGAAUACGUCGAUGUCUUUACCUGAGACAACGAUAGGAUAUCCAGGUGCCGCUGGGACAAACAGACAUAGCUCUAGGUCAAGUUUGAUCCUGAGUAUGGGAGAGAGCCCGGCGAGAUACGCCACAUACACGAAAGGGGUUCGUUCUCGCCGGGUCACAAUUUACAACUCCAUCGCAGAUCUCCACCGUAGAUCUACAGACCCUGUUGCUGUUCCGUUGGAUUUGUCUAGCCAGGCAGCACCAGUAUCCGAUCCGGUUAUAGGUGGUCAUUACAUUACUUCGCCUUGCAGCGACGAGCAAUCGGAUCCAGAGCAACGAGGCCCAGAGAUCGGCAUGGUCUAUGACAGCCCGCUCAUGGGCCUCCUGGUUGCAGAGGAAGUCGGGCGAUAUGAAAGAUAUACACCAAGGUCAACAACGACUAUCUCCUGCAUUGACUGUACUGCAGAGCUGAAAUUCAUGGCUGUACCCCCAGGAUGGACUACACUUGUGCAUCCGCAAGGUUCUCGCUACUUUGUGAAUGCAGAAAGACGAACAUUCACACAAAUGAAUAUUUGCGACGAAAAAAUAUACAGUGACAUAAAACACUUCAUGGAUUACUUGCUGCGUUCACUCCGUGAUGAAAGUGAGGGUCUGGAGCUUGACAUGGCGCAGGUGGACCUUGUGAUCGAGCCGAAGGUUUCCACCGAUACCAACACAGUGGUUUGUUGCUAUUAUUUCGCCAACCACCGUGAUAGAUGCCUCUUCUGGUUGGAUGAGUACAGCACCGAGGAUAUUCUCUCAGAAUGCAAUGGCGUCGAGAACCUUUCACACAUACGGCUUGCCAUCCAAGCACAAUAUUGGAAACAUUGUGAUUACUUCCCUUACUUGGUCCCAAUUACACAAAAUCUUGUUGAUGAGGUGAAGGAUAUGCUGAUAUAUGCCGAAUGUGACCACCUAACCUCUCGUCACUCUACCGCGCCAUUCGAUGUCAUCGAAAUCAGAGACUAUAUAUCUAUCAUAGAUAUGAUCAAGGUCCAUCCCCCUGCGGACGAGAGCACGCAGCGAUGUCACGCUGCCAUUGUCAUUGGCCGAAUCAUGUAUGCAUUCAGUCGCAAUCACUUUAUCAACUCUCACGGGGAGAACUGUGUGAGAUUGGCCUUUGAACAAACAGUCCAUCCAUACGCACCAUCGUUGUUGAUAGUUAUUAUUGCACCCCUUUUGUUUUUGGACCCUAUGGCUCUAGUCCGAGAACUGCACACAAUAUUUGUUGACAAUAUGCCUUCCUCAGACCGGUGGAAUACAUUCAACUUAAACCUGAAUGGGCAGCUUCAGGACUCUACUCUUCUGGCCACUGUCUUACUCAAUGCCAAUGUUGGGUUUCUCUCUAUCGGCAGCGUGGCAAGCUACAUGUCUCUUGUUUCAAGCUUGGGAAGUAUGAUUCUUGGUUUGUUGCUUGUUUCGCAUAAUCGAACCAUGGGCCAAUUGGGCACAGUCCUUCAAACGGAAGUUUUUCUAUCAGGACUUGGCGAGAAAGAACGCAGACUGGAAAGGCUGGCCAUAAUUUACAGCCUUCCGAAGACGUUGCUCAUGUGGGGUAUGGUCUUCUUCUUUGCGGCAUUCUCCAUCCAUUGGUGGAGCCCCGGAGAUCAAACUACCAGAGCCGUUGUUGGUUCUGUGAUAAUGGUCGCACUUGUAACGAUCUUGUACGGUAUCAUUCGAGCCAAGUUCGGAGGAGAUCGCUGGUGGCGACCGCUGGUACUGCCACUCGCAAGAAUCGGCGUGGGACUAUCAACUUGUCUGGCUGACGCUAUGGAGCAAGUCAUGAUGUCCACCGGGAUGAGAAAAUCUCUCAUUGUCCAAGAUCCUCUAUCACACACUGAAGGGUGCAGCACCUCCCAUCCAACUACUCCACCUGAUUCACUACCCAGCCCAGACGAUCAUGAACACCAUCCCAACUCUUCUACCCCCCCAACCCGGUCAUCCCAACCCACUACUUCUGUGGAUUUACCUGCACAACCACAUGAUGGCAUUCCCGCGCUUCCACCAUCAGAUCCACAUACCAGCCCAGGCGAAUUGUCAGGCGUUGGCUCGUUGCGGCAGAUUCGGGAUAUCCAGCUUGUAUUCCGAUCUACUGCAGAGGUUCGCUAUGAACCUGAUGCUGCACCCUCAGGCGUGCCUGGCCCUUCUUGUACAGAAGGAAGGGAGGUUGCGAACUACACCGCCAAUGUGGUCGAGGAGCCAGAGGGAUUAGAACCUUCACCAAGCUAGUCUGCGGCUCCGGAGUGGGCGUGUCGUGAAAAGACAAAAAGGGUUUAGCUCCGCUGUCCUCUUGAGCAAGCGAAGGGCAAUUGUAUAAGCGGACAAAAAGAUAAAAUCACCACAAGCAUUUCAAGCUUGUCUAGAAACCCAGGGGUCAUGGUGAUGCACUCGACAACGAUGAUCAUAACAAAGUUCGACCGUAGCUGCUAGCAGUCCAGCUGGAGAAUUCAAAAUGUUUCUACAGAUGUGGCCGCGCAAUUACAUGGAACAUAUCGCCGACAAUAUCUACGUGCAAGUGACCACUUCUAAGAUGGCAUGCACGACUGAAGCAGGGUCGAUCUGAGCUUCUUGAGUAAGGUCACCCUGGAGCAACAGGUGAAAGACUGUCAGUU